AUGACCGCCAUGAAGCAGGAGCAACAGCCCACCCCGGGGGCCAGGGCGAGCCCGGCGCAGCCGGCGGACCAGGAACUGGGAAGUAACAGCCCUCCACAGAGAAACUGGAAGGGAAUUGCUAUUGCCCUGCUGGUGAUUUUAGUUGUAUGCUCACUCAUCACUAUGUCAGUCAUCCUCUUAACUCCAGAUGAACUCACAAAUUCAUCAGAAACCAGAUUGUCUUUAGAAGACCUCUUCAGGAAAGACUUUGUGCUUCAUGACCCAGAAGCUCGGUGGAUCAAUGAUACAGAUGUGGUGUAUAAAAGCGAGAAUGGACAUGUCAUUAAACUGAAUAUAGAAACAAAUACUACCACAUUAUUAUUGGAAAACACUACUUUUGUAACCUUCAAAGCAUCAAGACAUUCAGUUUCACCAGAUUUAAAAUAUGUUCUUCUGGCGUAUGAUGUCAAACAGAUUUUUCAUUAUUCGUAUACUGCUUCAUAUGUGAUCUACAAUAUACACACUAGGGAAGUUUGGGAGUUAAAUCCUCCAGAAGUAGAGGACUCUGUCCUGCAGUACGCGGCCUGGGGUGUCCAAGGGCAGCAGCUGAUUUACAUUUUUGAAAAUAAUAUCUACUAUCAACCUGAUAUAAAGAGUAGUUCAUUGCGACUGACAUCUUCUGGAAAAGAAGGAAUUAUUUUUAAUGGAAUUGCUGACUGGUUAUAUGAAGAGGAACUUCUGCAUUCUCACAUCGCCCACUGGUGGUCACCAGAUGGAGAAAGGCUCGCCUUCCUAAUGAUAAAUGAUUCCUUGGUGCCUAACAUGGUUAUCCCUCGGUUUACUGGAGCUUUGUAUCCCAAAGGAAAGCAGUAUCCAUAUCCUAAGGCAGGUCAAGUGAACCCAACAAUCAAAUUAUAUGUUGUAAAUCUAUAUGGACCAACUCAUACUUUGGAACUCAUGCCACCAGAUAGCUUUAAAUCAAGAGAAUAUUAUAUCACUAUGGUUAAAUGGGUAAGCAACACCAAGACGGUGGUCAGAUGGUUAAAUCGACCUCAGAACAUCUCCAUCCUCACAGUCUGUGAGACCACUACUGGUGCUUGUAGCAGAAAAUAUGAGAUGACGUCAGAUACGUGGCUGUCUAAACAGAAUGAGGAGCCUGUGUUUUCUAGAGAUGGUAGCAAAUUCUUCAUGACAGUUCCUGUGAAACAAGGGGGCCGUGGAGAGUUUCACCACAUAGCUAUGUUCCUUGUCCAGAGUAAAAGUGAGCAAAUUACCGUGCGGCAUCUGACAUCAGGAAACUGGGAAGUGAUAAAGAUCCUGGCGUAUGAUGAAAUUACACAAAAAAUUUACUUUCUGAGCACCGAGUCAUCUCCCAGAGGGAGGCAGCUAUACAGUGCUUCUACUGAAGGCUUAUUGAAUCGUCAAUGUAUUUCAUGUAAUUUUAUGAAAGAACAAUGUACAUAUUUUGAUGCUAGUUUUAGUCCCAUGAAUCAACAUUUUUUAUUACUCUGUAAAGGUCCAGGGGUUCCAGUGGUCAGCCUACAUAGCACAGACAACCCAGCAAAAUAUUUUAUUUUGGAAAGCAAUUCUAUGCUGAAGGAAGCUAUCCUGAAAAAGAAGAUAGUAAAGUCAGAAAUUAAAAUGCUUCAUAUUGACGACUAUGAACUUCCUUUACAGUUGUCCUUUCCCAAAGAUUUUACGGACCGAAACCAGUAUGCUCUUCUGUUAAUAAUGGAUGAAGAACCAGGAGGCCAGCUGGUAACAGAUAAGUUCCAUAUUGACUGGGAUUCAGUACUUGUUGACACAGAUAACAUCAUCAUUGCACGGUUUGAUGGCAGAGGAAGUGGAUUUCAGGGCCUGAAAAUUUUGCAAGAGAUUCAUCGACGAUUAGGCUCAGUGGAAGUAAAGGACCAAAUAGCAGCUGUGAAAUUUUUACUGAAACAGCCAUACAUUGACUCCAAAAGAUUAAGCAUUUUUGGAAAGGGCUAUGGUGGCUAUAUUGCAUCCAUGAUCUUAAAAUCAGAUGAAAAACUUUUUAAAUGUGGAUCAGUGAUUGCACCCAUUAUAGACUUGAAGUUGUAUGCCUCAGCUUUCUCUGAAAGAUAUCUUGGUAUGCCAUCAAAAGACGAAAGCACAUACCAGGCAUCUAGUGUACUACAUAAUAUUCAUGGCUUAAAAGAAGAAAAUAUAUUAAUAAUCCAUGGGACGGCUGACACCAAAGUUCAUUUCCAGCAUUCAGCAGAAUUAAUCAAACACCUAAUAAAAGCUGGAGUGAACUAUACUAUGCAGGUCUACCCAGAUGAAGGCCAUAACGUAUCUGAGAAGAGCAAGUAUCAUCUCUACAGCACAAUUCUCAGAUUCUUCAGUGAUUGUUUAAAGGAAGAAAUACCAGCGUUACCACAGGAACCAGAAGAAGAUGAAUAA